CGAACAACAGGUUACAUUUUCUUCACGAGGACAAACAAGCUGUUACUGACAAUUUACUGGAUUUAGCGAAUCGAUUUUUACACAUAGAGUUAUGUUUGAUGAUUUACUCCAGUGAAAAGUGAAAUAGCAAAAGGACAAUGAUGGAUGGUGGUAAAAUUGCUCAUUUUUUAAUUCGCAGCAUCUUUGUUUGUAAUGGCUUCUAUUAUUUGCAACAUUUCUUUUUACGCAGAAGACACCUUUUGCUUCCGUCAUUGCCAGCUAUAACGUCUUUGUUAACAGGAAUUGGGUUUAAUAUUUUAGUUCUGUAUGACUUAGUGUUAACAGGUCUACCUGAAGGAAUUGAUGAACCUUUCUUAGUGCAAUAUCAACAAUUCUCGGAGAUUUUAGUAACGUUGGUGUUAGGAAGUUAUCUGUUACGUUACGUGGGCGAUCCGGCAUUUAAUCUUGGAAUUCAAUGGACAAUUUCGAUAGUUAUACUUACUGUUGCAACCAAUAUUUACAUGAUAGUACGGUGUAUUAAAAUAAUAUCAACAUCAGUAGUGUUCAAAGAUGAUACACAAUACCUGAUAUAUACACAGACUACCAGUAACACCAACCUUGUCAUAUAUCUGUGUAUUAUUUUACCACAAUAUAUAGCAGUGGUCUCUAUUUUAUAUUACAUUAAUAAUCCUUCAGAAAAAGAGAAAAAACUCCAAGAUAGUAAAGAAAACCUCUCAGUUACCAAUGGAUGUGAAACCUGUUCUGUAUUUGACUUUUAUUACCAGUUGAAUAUUAUAUAUAUGGGCAUAGUGAUAACCAUUGUUAAACCAAUUUUAUACUUGUAUUCAAAUAAUUCCGAUUGUGAUAGAACUAACGAAUUCCUAAUCGUACCCCCAUUUGUAGCUGUUACAGUGUUGUUUGUUGGACACCAAAUAUCAAACAUUGCAGCCAUUAAAACCAGAACUAUUCAAAGUGAACCAGUAUUUCAUAUUGAUUAUAAGAAAACCAUACCAUGACAUGUUUUGUCAUAUUUCUAAGCCUAAAUAGCAUGUAACAGUUGUUGUAUAUACACGAAAAAUAUGUUGCCGAAAUUUAUUGAAAUCUAUCUGGAUAUUUAAUUAAAGUUAACGAAGGGCACUGUUAAACUUAGUCUUAUACGCUUUAAAGGGACAGAUGCGCCAUUUUUUUUUAGACCAAGUAUACUUUAGUCUCAGAAACGGGAAUUUUUUAGCUGAACCAAUCAGAAAUAGUGCUCACUGUCGAAAUUUGAGCCUUCAAAUCCAUCUGUCCAGAAUUAUCCGCGAUUGAAUGACGACUUGUCAAUUUAAGAUAGGCCUGCCUUGUGAUAUAUAGAAAAGACGUAUAUAGAAAUAUUAAGUAAAAUUCCUAGUUUAGAGUACUUUUAACGGAAUUGUGCGAUUUUCGAACAUUUCUAGUACUUCUGGAGACUAUGUACAUAUAUUCACAGCUAAAAUCAAUCCACCAAAAUGGGGCAUCUGUCCCUUUAAUGUGAUCUUAUAUUCCCAUAUUCCUUUAGCUGAAAACUAUAAUAUAAGCUAUAGUGUGGCGGUGUUUAUAGUCUAAUAGGUCUAUCUAUUUCCAGUACUUUUUUUGUUUUUUGAAUGGCAUUUGUCUAUUUUUUAUUCAAAGUUUAUAAUAAAGUCCAU